AGUAAUAAUAAAUUGAUACCAGUCAAACAUCACAGUAAUAAUAAAUUGAUACCAGUCAAACAUCAGAGUAAUAAUAAAUUGAUACCAGUCAAACAUCAGAGUAAUAAUAAAUUGAAACCAGUCAAACAUCACAGUAAUAAUAAAUUGAUACCAGUCAAACAUCAGAGUAAUAAUAAAUUGAUACCAGUCAAACAUCAUAGUAAUAAUAAAUUGAUACCAGUCAAACAUCACAGUAAUAAUAAACUUAUACCAGUCAAACAUCACAGUAAUAAUAAAUUGAUACCAGUCAAACAUCAGAGUAAUAAUAAAUUGAUACCAGUCAAAUAUCAGAGUAAUAAUAAAUUGACACCAGUCAAACAUCAGAGUAAUAAUAAACUUAUACCAGUCAAACAUCACAGUAAUAAUAAAUUGAUACCAGUCAAACAUCACAUCAAACAUCAGAGUAAUAAUAAAUUGAUACCAGUCAAACAUCAGAGUAAUAAUAAAUUGAUACCAGUCAAACAUCAGAGUAAUAAUAAAUUGAUACCAGUCAAACAUCACAGUAAUAAUAAAUUGAUACCAGUCAAACAUCACAGUAAUAAUAAAUUGAUACCAGUCAAACAUCAGAGUAAUAAUAAAUUGAUACCAGUCAAACAUCAGAGUAAUAAUAAAUUGAUACCAGUCAAACAUCACAGUAAUUAUAAAUUGAUACAGUCAAACAUCAGAGUAAUAAUAAAUUGA